AUGAAUGAACGCUCUCGAAGCAAGAAUGAGAGCUCGAGAAGGAGCUCAGGCUCGGCCAAGGAGGAGUCGCCGACCAGAGGUAAAGCCAAGCGGCAUCAGAUAGCUGUUGCUUGUAAUGCUUGCCGCCGAAGAAAGACCAAGUGCGAUGGUCAUCGUCCAGUCUGUUCGGUCUGCGUUACCAAGAAUUCCGAAUGUACCUGGUCAGCGGAUCCAGAUGCCACGCCCAUGGUUGCCAUCAAGCGGAAGUUCCAAAACCUCGAAGCCGAAUCGCGCGAUCUCCAAGACCUCGUCCAGAUGUUGACGGAUCGCCCACGUCAGGAGGCCAUUUUCAUCCUCGACCACAUGCGCAGGACCCGAGACGCUUCGUCGACACUUGCCUUUAUCAAGGACGGAGACCUGCUUACUUGGGGUCUGAAUGCCCGCGAUACCCAACCUUCAGAGCCCGUUUCUUCCGACCAGGAUCCUGUCCGCGACAUCACUCAAAGGGUCAACCUCAUGAACGGCCAUGACGACCUGAGAGAUGGCAGCGAGAGCGUCAGGGAGCCCACUACCUCACCNAAAAGACGUCUUGCUAUUUCCGACCUCGUCAACAGUACAUGA